AUGACUGAAAUAAAUAAGAAUAAAUGUGAAGUUCCUUCAGGCCAACAACGAAUAUUAAUUACUGGCGUAUCAGGUUUGAUGGGAAGAAUUUUAUUUAACUACUUAACUGAAAAAUAUCCAACAAAGUAUCAAGUCUUCGGAAUUGAUCAACAUUUGAAUAUUUCAACACGAUAUCAGUCGAUAAACAUUGAUAAUAUUAAAAUAAAAUCAAUAUCCUCUAUUUCAACAGACAAGUUCUUUCAAUGUGAUAUUACUGAUAGAACUAAAUUACAUCAAAUCAUUCAAGAGCAAAAGAUUGAAAUUAUUAUUCAUUUAGCAGCUCUGCUCGAAAAUUAUACUGAUAUUGAUAAGAUUUCACAUGUUAAUAUUGAUGGAACAAAAAAUAUCUUUGAAGCAGCUGGUAUCCAUCGUAUUAUAUAUGCAAGUUCAGUAAUGACAGUUUUUGGUUAUAUUACUCAGGAACCAUAUCUUUCAAUAUUUCACGAUACAUUUGAUGAUGCAACGAUGCUUGAAAGUCUUCAAAAAAUAACCAUAAAAGAUUAUCCACCUUUAGCUGACAUUCAAUCACCCGGUUGUACAGCGUAUUCUCAAAGUAAAAUCAUUGGCGAACAGAUGGCUACUGAUAUUGUUAAAAAUAGUUCGAAGUCAAUUAUUUGUGCUCGUUUUGGAUCGAUCAAUAUAGAUGAUCAACCAGGAAAAACAUGGCUUCGACAUGUUUGGUGUAGUUAUCGAGAUCUAUGUUCAUUUAUUGAUAAAGCAUUAGAAGCUCCUCAAUAUAUUAGUGGCAUCUACUUCAUUAUGUCGAAUAAUUAUCGUCUUUGGGUUGAUUUAGAUGAUGCAAAACAAGACCUUGGUUUCGUACCACAAGACGGUGCUGAGAAACUAUAA